CAAACCACAACUUUCGUCAAGAAUACUCUUUUCCUUUUCUCCAAGUGAAUACUCUUCCUUUCUCCAAUGGCAGAAGGAGUCCUCUUCAACAUUGCACAAGGGAUCAUUGAAAGGUUAGGCUCCCGUGCUUUUGAAGAGAUUGGAUUGGUUUUGGGUGUCAACGAUGAGCUCCAAAAGCUUAAACUUGUAGUUUCCCAACUCCGAGCUGUUCUUCUUGAUGCUGAGCAAAAGCAAGCCAACAGUGAAGCAGUCAAAGAGUGGCUCCAAAGCGUAGAAGAUACAGUUUAUGAAGCUGAUGACGUGCUCGAUGAGUUUUAUACUGAAGCUCAGUGGAGACAAAUGGUGCCCGGAAAUAAUAAAGUGUCAAAGCAGGUACGCAUCUUCUUCUCUAGCUCAAAUCAGCAUGUUUUUGGGCUGAAAAUCGGUCAUAAGAUUAAAAAUAUCAACCAGAGGCUGCAUGUGAUUGCCUCCAACAGAAUGUUUAUUCAAUUAGAACAAGUGAACCACGAAGAUGCAGGAUUUGAAAUAAGAGAGAGGGUCACCCACUCAUUUGUCCGCGAGGAUAAUAUAAUAGGGAGAGAUGAAGAUAAAAGAGCAAUUAUUCAACUUAUGUUGCAUCCCAUCUCUACAGAGAAUACAGAGAAUGUGUCUGUCAUUUCCAUUGCGGGAUUUGGAGGAAUGGGAAAAACUGCACUUGCCCAACUCGUAUUCAACGAUGAAGAGGUUCAAAAGCAUUUUGAGCCGAAAAUGUGGACAAGUGUCUCUAAUUCAUUUCAGUUGGAUAUACUUGUUAAGAAAAUCCUAAAAACUGACAUGUUCGACAUGGAUCAGUUGCAAAAAGAACUGAGGAAAAUAAUAGAUGGGAAGAGAUACCUCCUUGUGUUAGACGAUGUGUGGAAUGAGAAUCGUAACAAAUGGCUUAGCUUGAAAGACUUGUUGAUGGGUGGUGCAGAAGGGAGUAGAAUUCUAAUAACUACUCGUAGUAAAAACGUUGCAAAUAUAGCAGAUACAGCUGAACCAUAUAACUUAAGGGGCUUGAAUGAAGAGCAGUCCUGGUUUUUAUUUAAGAAAAUGGCGUUCAAAGAGGGAAAAGAGCCAGAGAGUUCAACAAUUAAAGCCAUUGGGGAGGAGAUUGCACUACUACAAUUAUGGGAAACCACGACCCGUAUUAGACGACCGUAAAACUAAAAAGCGUCUUGUUUUUAAAAACACCGUCGUGCUUUAAAAGGAGGAGAUAAAAAUUACGACCAUUCAUUUAUAUAACCGUCGUGCUUUAAAACGCGCUGGACCAAAAUUUCAUUUAAGUUUUAAAUUUUCACGGACAGCUCUCUCUCUCAAACACUCCUCUCGCGACGUUUUCAGAAAUCGCUCUCUCUCUCUCUCUCUCUCUCACUCACUCUCAAUUCCCUUUCUCAUCUCUGAAAAGCCGUCUUGGUUACGAGCUCACCGUCCAGGUCACAAAUCUCGCCAUCCAGGUCACAGAUCUCACCUUCCAGGUCACUGAGGUCGCCAUUUUGGUUUCAAUAUCGCGAUAACUCUCUAGCUAUCUUCACUCUGGCUCUCUCAACGACUCUCUGUCUCGAUGGCUCUCUGUCUCUCCAUCUUCCUCUCUCCGUCUCUCUCUUGAUGGCUCCCUCUCCAUCUUCCUCUCGACGGCUCUCUCUCGUCGUCUAUCUCUCGAUGGCUCUCUCUUGCUGGCGCUAUCUUUCUUGUUGUCUCUCUCUAGCUCACUCUAUCUCUUCGCUGGCUCGCUCCAUCUCUCUCGCUGGCUGGCUCCAUGAGAGCCUCCCUUCCUCCAUUCCCCAGGGAUUUAUAUAUGUGUGAAUUUGUGUUUGUUCCUCCAUUGUUUAUGAGAUUCUGAAUCAGAGAAAUCCAUUUGAUUGAAGCUUGGAAACAAAGCGUCUAUGGAGAACAGAUUUUGCUUGUGAUUGUGUCGAUUUGAGUUUCUAUUUGGAUGCUGUGAAAACUGAGACAAAGGGAUUUAAAAAAGGGGAGCAUAACUUAUCUCGAUUGGCAGUUUCAAUAUGGUAAGUUAACUUUUGUUGGUGCUGUUUAUAUGGUCUAAGUCAUGCUUAGCUUGAGUUAAUAUGCAGAAGUGUGGGUGGUGCUUGCAUCUUAUGUUAUUCAUGUCGAGAUUUGAGUCAUAAUAGUAAAAUAUGCAUAGAGAAAUGGAAGUAGCACUACUCCAACUAAUUUUAUUUUAGUUUUUUUAUUCCCAAAUGAAGCUAGACAGGGCUACAUAUCCCCUUAUUUCAUCACCAACCAGAAAAAUCAGAAAUGUGAAUUGGAAAAUCCUCUAAUCAUAAUCCAUGAGAAGAAAAUCUCAAGUAUUAAUGUCGUGGUUAAAGUAUUGGAGUUGGCUUUGCAGAAGCAAAGGCCUUUGCUGAUUGUCGCUGCAUAUGUGGAGAGUGACCUUAUUCUAAAUAAGCUUCGUGCUAGAAUCAAGGUCUGUGCAAUCAAAGCCCCUGGUUUUGGUGAAAAUAGGAAAUCCAGUCUCCAGGAUCUUGCCGUUCUCACUGGGGGUUCUAUUAUUACUGAGGAGAGGAGCUUGGUUGAAUCUUGACAAAGUGGAAUUGAAUAUGCUCGGCACUUGGAAAAAGGUCACAAAUUCAAAAGAUGACACUGUAAUUCUUGAUGGUGCUGGUGACAAGAAGGUUAUUGAUGAAAUAUCUGAACAGAUAUGCACAUAACCUGUUGCUGAUAUUGCUGGGAGGGGAAUAAAGCAGCUUGGAAAAUGUGCACGAAGGCAAAGCCAACUCAUACACUGAAGAACAAAUUGAUGAAGUUAAAAU